AUGGUUAGCUCACUGGCAUCAAAUAUAAUUCUAGCCCUUGUGGUAGUCCUGAUGACACUGCUAAGGCAAAAUAAGCCGUUGCAGAGGUGGUUUGUAUCAUAUGUUGAAAAGCUAUUAUCAAGAAAAUCAAAUCUGGCCCAAAAAGUCAGCGUUUUAUCGCCCUCCUUAAAAUUGGUUGAUGUUGAGAAAUCAAUAUCUGCCGAUCAAUCGAAUCUUUCUAAAAUUAAUUAUCAGAUUCCCACUCUUCCUGAUCUUACGGGGAAUUUAAUCCGUUUACAUGAGUAUCGAGCAAGAGGAGAAGGCUAUAAUGGCCUUUUAUUUCGGAGAGCAAGACAAUUAAAUGGAAUUUCAGAAGAUCAGUUGCAAAAAUUAGGCUACUUCACCAAAUUAAUGAAAAAUAAUGAGGGUAUCCGAGAAAACGCAAGAGUUAUUGACAAGAUAAUUGAGUUCACUUUAGGGAAAUUGAUUCAUUCCAACGAACACGAUGAAGAAUUUACAGAGGAAAUUGAAAAGAUAUGCGCGGAACACGGCUAUAAGAUUAAAGAUGGUCACCUUAUUCAAUUGAAUCCUGACUUCGUAUUUCCAAUAGUUUCGUCUCGAGGCAGCCAAAGUGUGGUCCAUGAAGCAUUAGCACAUUUGUGUCGUGAUUUCAGCUCUUACUAUAGUGUGGAAAGAGAUCCUUUACAAAAUUUUAUCAUUAGUAGAAUCAACCAUCAUGUGAUUAGUGCCGGGGACAUGAAAGAGAAAAUUCUUAUCGUGACCCCAGGGGCUGGUGUGGGUGGCCUAUCCCAUACUCUUGCCACCACUUUCCCCAAAAUACAGGUGGACUCCAUCGAAUUAUCAGCCUUGAUGUACAUAUGUAACCUAUUUGCACUCGAAUAUAAGCAUGACGUUAAGAUACGUCCUUUUGUACAACAAUAUUCAUGCCAGACAGUGUUUGAUAAUCAGUUGAGAAGUUUAUCGGCAGAUUUGAGCAAAGUUGGCCACCGCAGUAAUCUGGACCCACUAUGGGGGGACUUCACACGAUAUUCUCCCAUUUCCAAAGACUAUGAUAAAAUUAUCAUUUGUAGCGCAUAUUUCAUAGAUACCGCGGAAAAUAUGUUUGAAUAUCUAUCCAGUAUUGAAGCACUAAAGAAAUACUGUAAAGAGCUGCAUUGGGUCAAUGUAGGUCCAUUAAAGUAUGGCACCAAACCCUUGGUCCAAUUUACAGGAGAUGAAUUAAGUCGGCUGCGUAAAAUUCGCGGGUGGAAGGACCUUGUGGAGGAAUAUGAAGUUGAUAGCUCAAAGGGAUUGAAUGGCUAUUUAACUGAUUAUGAGUCAAUGUAUCAAGGAUACUAUGGUCUGCUUAAAUUUCAUUCUGUCUUCGAAAGCUGA